UUUGCCUCUUGACAUCUUCCAUCCGUCAAUUUUUCGUCCACGAAAAACGUAAAACCCGCCCGCCUACAGCCCGGCAGAUUUAUCGCGCCGUUCUCGAUGAAAUAUUCAUCGCGUCGCGGACAGACUCGCGAGAAGACAGGAUCCUCGAAUGUCCAGUGGGAGCGCAUCGUUCACUGAUACAGCGAUACACGGCAAGCUGGAACCACCGAGAUCGUUGCACGGUGUCGAGGAUGCCGAGGUCAUUUGGGACACGAUCACGCGGCGAUUUCCGAAUGCGGCACCGCUUCUAUGCGAGAUGGAAACGGUGAUCGAACGAGCGGAGGAUCUGCUGCAGCAGCUUAGAACGCCUUGCACUCAGGGAAAUGACACGUCCAGCUCGUUUCACACACCAGAUUCCCGGGAAUCUAACGCGACGAUUUCGAUGGUAUCCGACAUAGAAUCGUUUGCCGAAGAAACAAAUAUUUCAGAACAUUGUGAAGCCACCGAGAACGUUGAAAUGCAACUGAAAGUGCACGAUGUUCACGAAAAGCAAGUGGAUUUAGAGUCUCAAUAUUGUAAUGAACAAUCUAUUCAGUGCGAAAAAAAACACCCCUAUCUGGAAUAUAAUUUGAAUUCACCUUUAAGAGUCGACGAGAUUGUUGAACAUUUCAAAACAAGCUCGAUGAAUAAAUGUCACAGUUUCCAAGACGAGUCAAAUACUAAUGUAAAGGAUAACGUUGGCGAAGUAAUCGAUAUGAGUUCGGAAGAAAGAUUAAUGAAAGCAGUGGGUGAGGCAAAUAGUUUGGAAGGAUGGGCAAAUAUGACUAAUAGUGCACUGUGUAAAUAUCAUAAUGAUAUGGAAGAUGAUAAUGAUUCGGAAACGGGGCCAAGCAUCGACAGAAAUAUAGAUAAUCAUUCAUUGGCAGUCAACAAUGAUGACAAAUCUGACAAAAGCGAUGAAAAAAUCAGUGUUGCAAAAUGUUCUGCAAAUCUUCGUUCACCGUUUACUAUCCUUGAAGAAUACGCAAAGCAGUGUGAAGUGCCAAUCACAUACAAGUGCAAAUCAAAACCGAAUCUGUAUGUGAUAAAUGGUAACCUGUGUGGAUUUCGCGCAAUGUCGUGUGCCGCGACCAAAGAUCUGGCCAAAAACGAAUGGGCAGCAAAAAUAUUGUGGAUGAUAGCCGUGCGUCAGAUGGAUGGCUCGAAAUCUGUUGGCGGAUUAUUAGAUUUCUCGAGGGAAGAGAUGUUAGAGAUAAUAGCACGUGAAGGCGAGUUGAAGAACGCGUCACAAAAAAUCUACAAAUUUUGUCUCGAGAAAGGAGAAUCUAUUCCGACGUAUACUAUUGGCAAUUCGACAACACAUCGAGGAUUUACGUACACAGCUCAAUGUGUAGCUUUAGGUCAUGUCGGAAUUGGACAAGGAUUAAGAAUAGAUAACGCUAAGAUUGCUGCUGCUGAAAAUCUAUAUCAGAAAUAUAUUUGUGAGAAGCAAUCUAUCUGGUUAAGGACGACGACGGUUGCAUUGUGCACCCUCGAGAAAAGCGCAUUUUCCGGAUUCGCCUGUCGGCGUCGGCUGGCAUCGGCGAUAUUCAAAUUUUGUGGCAGGACUGCAAGCAAAGGCAGAUCGGAACGACGUGAUCGAGAUAACGUGGGACGCUGUUUUGCGUCGUCCAACCGCGAGUUUUCUAGAUACGAAAAUCGCCGCAUCGUCGAAGACUCGAUGUCAGGGAUAGCGAUAGCCAGGCUCGCUGAGGAGCGUAAAGCAUGGAGGAAGGACCAUCCGUUCGGGUUUGUAGCUAGACCAACUAAAAAUCCAGACGGUUCCCUUAACUUGAUGAGUUGGGAAUGUGCGAUACCUGGAAAGAAAUCUACUCCGUGGGAGGGUGGCCUGUACAAGUUACGUAUGAUUUUCAAAGAUGACUAUCCUUCAAGCCCACCAAAAUGUAAAUUUGAACCUCCUCUAUUCCAUCCAAACGUUUAUCCAUCAGGCACUGUAUGUUUGUCGCUUUUGGAUGAAGAGAAAGACUGGCGACCAGCUAUCACAAUCAAGCAAAUUCUCCUUGGUAUUCAAGAUUUAUUGAACGAGCCAAAUGUGAAAGAUCCAGCUCAAGCCGAAGCUUAUACAAUAUAUUGCCAAAAUCGUUUGGAAUACGAGAAGCGUGUUAAAGCUCAAGCCAGAGCAAUGGCUCCGCAGGAAUAAGUCACAAGAAUUGUCAACUCGACAUAUUUAAAAUAUGUGAGAAAGAUAUUGUAUGUGGAUAAACACAUCAUAAACUGAUUCAUAGCUCUUUAUAAUUAAUCUUUUUUACGAGUAAUUAAUAUAUGUUGUAACUAGUUAAGUAGUUCAUGGUCUUAACGUUUAUUUAUCGAAUAUUGUCUUUAUUCAAUGUGUAUAUUUUUCAAAAUUUCAAAAUGUAGUGUAUACUAACGUCAACAUACGAAAAUCAACAUAUAAAUCACAUAUAAAUUCUUUCGCACAUAAAUAAUAAUUCUUAUUAAUAUUAAGACCCAUGUUAUAAGAUAUGUAUACUUUA